UGUCAGCUGAAUGCUGAAAAAAAUUAUAACCUUUAAAAUAGGUUAGGUAUUGAAACUUGAAAGCGAAAAGUGAAUUAAAGUUGUUACGAAAAUAUGCGAAAACUAAAACACUAGAUCCAAGAGAAUAUGUUUUACUUGUAAUAUGAAAACGAUGAAACAUAACCUGUGUUUGUUGUGAUAUUUUGUACUUUUACGAAUUUCUAAGAUUUUUUUGCGUUACUGCGUUACUUUAACUAAGUUAUCAGUAAAAAUGAGUGUCAGUUAUCCAGAAUUCUCAUCUUUAGAACUCCUUGAUCAAUAUAUCAGAAACUAUGAAACCGAAAACUGUGUACAACUGUGGAAACGGGACAGUCGAACGAUAGAAAAGAUGAAAGCUGUAUGUCCAUUGAAACUAAAGACUUACAACCCAGAAUUAAAAUAUUACAGCAUUAUUUAUGCAUGUAAAAAGGGAGGCAGGCUGUUUAAAUCUGAAAGUAGUGGAUUAAGGAAAACUUCUAGUUAUAAGGAUAACUGCCCCAUGGCCAUUAAACUGGCUUUAAACAGCAAUGGAACCAAACUUAAAAUUGUGCAUAUGACAGAAAACCACAACCAUCCCCUAGAUAGACAACUAUUUAAAAAUAUGCCAAAGCAAAGAAAAUUAGAAAUGGAAGACAAAGUUGAAGCAAUAAAAAUGUUAAAAGAGAAUUGUAACCAAAAACUUGUACAAGCCUAUUUACAGGAAAAAACGGGAAAAUCCGUAAAACUGAAAGAUUUAAAAAACCUGCGGUCUAGUAGCAAACGCUCUCACAAGAAACGCAUACUAAAUGCUGAGCAAAAAUACAAGGUAGCUUUAUUCAAAUGUAAAAAAAUUGCUUCAAUCAUUUCAAAUUUCAGUAUGAAUGAUUUUGAAUCCCACUGCAAUCAACUGGAUGACAUUAUUGAUCUUUGGAGUCAACAAACAGAAGAAGUAAUUGUGGAGCAUUUAGAAAUAGAUCAAGAAGAAUCUAUGAUACCAUAAUAUUCUUAUAAAAACUCCCAUAUGACCAAAGUUUUGCAAAGCAUGGGUU